AUGCAACAAAGCCCGAAAUACAUAAAAUUUAAUCGGCGCAAUCGACUGUUCAAAUCAAUUUCACCAUUUCCCGACCAGCCAUUCUGUAACGGCUGUAGUAAUUCUUUUCCCGCCUGGAACUUUUCUCUUUACAAACCUCUCCACUCUUCUUUCCUUUCUUUUAUUAUCUAUCUAUCUAUCUAUCGUAGUCCAUUAUCUAUCUACCUUUCUAUCUCAGUCUGUUUCUAUCUAUCUAUCUAUCUAUCUAUCUAUCUAUCUAUCUAUCUAUCUAUCGUAGUCCAUUAUCUAUCUACCUUUCUAUCUCAGUCUGUUUCUAUCUAUCUAUCUAUCGUUUAUCUAUCUAUCUUUCUAUCUAUCUAUUACAGUCUGUCCAUUUCUAUCUAUCUAUCUAUCUAUCUAUCUAUCUCAGUUUGUUUCUAUCUAUCUAUAUAUCUAUCUCAAUCUGUUUCUAUCUAUCUAUCUAUCUAUCGUAGUCCAUUAUCUAUCUACCUUUCUAUCUAUCUAUCUAUCGUAGUCCAUUAUCUAUCUACCUUUCUAUCUCAGUCUGUUUCUAUCUAUCUAUCUAUCUAUCUAUCUAUCUAUCUAUUACAGUCUGUCCAUUUCUAUCUAUCUAUCUAUCUAUUACAGUAUGUCCAUUUCUAUCUAUCUAUCUAUCUAUUACAGUAUGUCCAUUUCUAUCUAUCUAUCUAUCUAUCUAUCUAUAUAUCUAUCUCAAUCUGUUUCUAUCUAUCUAUCGUAGUCCAUUAUCUAUCUACCUUUCUAUCUCAGUCUGUUUCUAUCUAUCUAUCUAUCUAUCUAUCUCUGUUUCUAUCUAUCUAUCUAUCUAUCACUUUCUUCAUCUCUCUCUCUCUCUCUCUCUCUCUCUCUCUCUCUGAAAUGUAUACUACUCUUUCUCUUACCUUUUUUCUCAACCUUUUAGUCUCUCGCUUUUCAAUUUAG